CAAGUAGUGCUGAAGCACUUGAAAAUUCGCAAGCUUCUCGACAAUAAUGAGAGAAUGAAUGUGCAUUUCCUGUAGCCUUGACUGAUUAAUACAAUUGGAAAAGCUAAAAGAUUUAUCUAGAAAGGCAAUUGAAAAUGGUGGAUAGAGAUAAAGAAUGGGAAUUUCAUCUCCGAUCGUUGUCGUCCACCGGCAGAGAUUCCAAUUACGCCACUGACCCUGCUUCCGAUCCUUCGCUUAUGAACUCCGUCAAAAGGUUGCAUGAGCUCUGCAAAACGGAGAAAGCAGAAGAAUUGAUGGCUAGGGUUUACCCCCAUCUGAACAAAAUAUUUCAGCGCUGCGUUACCUCAAUUUCCCAGAGUCGAACCUCCAACGGCCUUCUUUUGCUGGCAAUUCUUCAGUUUUUUCUUGAUUUUGGAGAUGUAGUAUUACAUGAUGCCGAUCCUAGUCUGCGGACAUUUUUCAGAUCAUGUUUGAGUCGUGAGUUUGCAGACCCAGUUGUUGCUGAGGCAACUCUUGAAUUUCUGAGCUCAAACAAAGAAAAACUGCUAUUUUUCCCGUUAAUGCUGAAACUGAUUGCAUGGAAUGGAGAGAAACUAGAAAAUUUGUUCCUGAGAGUUUUCUCAGGACUCAUCUCUCCUGGAUCCUUCAUUCCCCUGUUUCCAUCGCUGGUAGACUUACCUAUAUUGGUUGUGGCACUGGAGAAGGUAGAAAGAAGUUCAGGGUCACUUGUCGGAAGCAGCAUAGCUUCAAUUCAGAAAAGUGCUGCUCCUGAGAUGCUGCUUGCUCUGAUGGAUGAGGCAUAUACUGGCUCAACUAUAGGAGAUGGAGGUGCAGAUUCUGAAUCUGAAGAUAGCACUCCUAUCGCUGUAGCUGACCCUCUCUUUCUUGAUAUCCUCAAGGAUGAGAAUGAUGGUCUUGCUGAACGUCAUUGGACCUCUCCUGCAAUGGCUGCAGCUUUGCAGGCAGUCAUAAAUGCCCCUUUGUCCAAAAGACUGAAGGAAGCACUCAAAAUGGCACCCAAGCUUCUCGAUUCUUAUUUCACCUUAGCAGUACAUGAUGGCAAUGAUUCUCUAAUAUGUGCUUUGAUUCCUCUGAUUAUGGCAAGAUAUUCCACUUUAUUUCCAGACAAAAUUUUCUCAUAUGAGGUUCAGAAGAGGCUCUUAGAAUUCAUGCUUGCUGCCUUCCAUCGAUCGCCUCAUUUCAUAGCACUUCUUAAGAAGCCAAUUGUAGACAGGCUUGGAGAAGCUUAUGACAACUCUGCAAAGACUGAACUGGCAUUACAGCUCUGUUGGGCGAUUGGGGAGUAUGGAGGUGGUGGUGGGUCUCAUAAAGAUGCAGCUCGUGAACUUUUUGAGAGUCUGGAAUUACUUCUAUAUGAAAAUCUUGCUUCAAGUCGCUUGGGGUUAGGUAAAGCAGCCCAUGUUUCUGGCAGCUCAAGUUUCAGAAAAUCGUCUCAGUCAAGGCUCCUCUGUUUUGUGGUGACUGCAAUAGCCAAACUUGCCACUUAUCAUCGUGAAUUACUACCAAGGGCUCGUGUGUCCCUGGCGAAGGUGGCUCGUUCGCGAAUUUCAGAUGCGAGGGUGUGGAAACGUGCUCAGGAUUAUUUGGGUUUAAUGAGUGAGCCUGCAAUAUGUUUGUCAGUCUUGGGCCCUUCCAACCCCUCAACUGAAGUCAUGCAAUACCCAGGCACCGUCAAUUGGAGCGAAGGCCAUAAGAAAAUGAUUGCUCAUGUUCCAUUCUACAUCCUGGGCAGCCAAGAAGGUCCUCCUUCCCAUGAUUUUUCGUUUUUGGAUAUUCUUCCAAGGGAGUAGGUUUCUUUUCCGGUCUUCAUCUGCAUAUGCCAGUGAGCUGAUAUCCGUUGCGAUUUCACAUGAAAAUAUUGGGGGCAAAGACACAACUUACAUGUCUACCAUUCGAGCUUCACAGAGUAACCUGUUUGGGCAAAUCAGUGGAGUUUGGACCAUAUUCACAUUUCCAAUUACAACCAGUUAUUUUCUCAACUCUAUUUUGCUGAUCACCAUUUUCACAGUAUUCCCAGAUAUGAAUUCCCUGCAAUAUAACACAGAAAAAGCUUGAGUAUGCCUGGAUUGUUAACAUAUGGAAAUGUACAACACUUAUCCUUGUUUACAAAAAAUUUGAUGCAAUUACUAUACAAUGGAUCUGCCUGUCGAGUU